GACCCAGACACCAGCAGCAGCAGCGGAGGGGCGUUUGUUUCACAGGAACUGCACACUCAGCACCCAGGAGGCAGCGGAUGGAUCCAAUAAAAACGCAGUAGGACACUUCCGACGCCCAAUUUGUUGCUCACAAGGAACCGAGUGAACUCGUUCGCAGAAGAGGACCCACGUCAUUCUGUGAGACAACUCCCCCUUUUUCUUUCCUCCCCUGCCCCUGGCUGGAACUCAACAUCCACAGUUUUUGGAACAACUGGAUAAAAGGAGUUUGGAGCAGGAGCGCUAACAUGAUGACCGGGUUCAGGCUCAACUUGUCGCCGCUGAAGGAGCCGCUGGGCUUCGUCAAACUGGUGGAGUGGCUCACGGCCAUAUUUGCUUUUGGAAGCUGCGGCGGCUUCUCGGGGAGGAACAUCGUGUCCUUGUUCUGCGGCGACGGCAGCAACGAAACGCUCACGGCCAACUUCCACUACCCAUUCAGGUUGAGCCAGUUCCCGCUCGUUGAUGGAAACAACACUAUUUGCAACCGCUCCGUCACGACGACACACCUGGUCGGAGACUCUGCGUCCUCGGCGGAGUUCUUCGUGGGCAUCGCUACCGUCUGUUUCCUGUACAGCAUGGUGGCCCUGCUGGUUUAUUUAGGCUACAUGCACGUCUACAAGGACUCUGACUUUGGACCCAUUUUUGACUUUGUUCUCACGGCGAUCCUCGUCUUCCUGUGGCUGGUGUGUUCCUCCGCCUGGGCGAAGGGCCUGCAGAACGUGAAGGACGCCACGGACACUGACGGCAUCAGUGCCACGCUGGCGCUCUGCAAGGGCAGCAACAUCACCUGCGAGGUCACAGACUUCGCCAACUUGCGAACCCUCAACAUCUCUGUGGUGUUCGGUUACCUCAACAUGUUCGUGUGGGCAGGAAACGCCUGGUUCGUGUACAAGGAGACUCGCUGGCACUCUCAGAAAUUCUCUUCCCAGUCCGGACCAGGAAGGCAACAGGUCCCUGCUCCCAUCUAACGCACAGCACUCGUACAGCGACGCACGACACACAAAUACUAACACUCACAGACACAAUAAUUGACACGCACACACCAGUCACACACGUUCGAAUAUACAUGUGCGAUACAUGUAUGGACAAAUGUGCACGCAGACAUAAAUACACUCACACACAUGCAUAACAUUUUCUGUGAAUGUGAUGAAGACCAACAAAGGAUUUGGUAGGUAAUACACAAACUGGUAUUUUGUAACACAAAAUGACUAUAUGUCCCAUAAUUCCUUGCACAAUCAUUGCAUACUAGAAACUGAGGGUACAGGAGAUUUUUCUGGGGUCUAAGUGACUGUGCGGCACUUGGAUGUGCUCCAGUUUAAAGGUGCUACAUGUAAGUAUUUUAGUUUAAAACAUUUAGAAAAUAAACCAAAUGAUCAACUCAUUUUGAAGAAAUAAUAGAUUUGAUGUUAUGUCAAAGACUUCUAAGUAUUGUAUUUGAGGGAUGUCCACUGGUUAGCAUGCUAACUAGCCAGUCACAGCCAGAUAGGAAAGAUAGCGUCGUACCAGUGGCUUAAAAUCCUCGUUUUGGGGGGGGAAAUGAUCAUAUGUGAGUCGCAUCCAAGAAAACAAUAACAAUGCAAUUUAUAAAUAAACGGUGCUUUCAUAAAACACAUGCGUAAAAAUUUGACCCAUGGUCCAUAUUCACAUAGAGCAUCAUCACAAGCUAUUAGUAAACACAGACAUAGAUAGGAUCUAUAUUUUAAUAUAGCGCCACCUUAAGGGCAAGGAACCACAUUCUGCCAUAAAGAAAAUAAAUGAUAAGAGAUUGAAGUUAUUGGCAAAUUAAGGAUUGAAGUUUGGUGCUGAACUUUUCUUCUAAAAUGUUUAGUGAAUAGCUAUGUAGCGAUAGUAAACGCUUACAUACAGCAACUUUAAUGUCUUCACAUUUGCCUUUAUUUUUACCACAUACUAUAGAAAUACUAAUGCAAAUAGUGAGAAACGUGCCUUCUACCAACUAUUCCAGGGCGGUUUCUUACUCUUUAGGAAGCGAUACGUGCUCAGACGAUGAUCUAUAGCAGUGUUGUUGCUUGUCUUUAUGAACUGAGGGUUUCUUACUUCUCUGGUUAUUAUACUUGACUACAUGCUGAUCAAUGUAAGGUACUUUACACUCAUGCCGUCGCCACAAUAAGGACAAUGUGAUGAAGGUUUUCAGGGUAACACACAGAGGCUGGUAAUAUUAAAAUUAUUUUUACCAUUCAACCAUUUCAGAUAAUUGAAAUUCACAAAUAUUUCAUGAAUAAAAAGGCUGUGAAAUUUAGUCAUACACUUGCCUUGGUGUUAAAUCCUGUUUUUUUUGCACAUGUUGUAUAUUUUUAGAUACCAAAGCACUUGUGUAUGCAGAGAGUGAGUCACUCAUGCUCAUUUAUUCUUUGCUUUUCAUUCAUCGGAGUCCUGUUUGCCACAGCGGUGGUUAUCAGGCAUGGAAAGACUAAACUAGGAUUAUUCAUUUACAAAAGUAAUGUACGGCUGUUGUCUAGUACAUUGAUCUGGUGAAUCUAUCAAAGCUUUUAUUCUGAAAUGCUUUUCCUCUAUAAGGUAAAUCAAUGCAUUCAAGCAGACUUGUUACAUUUUUAAGCUUUAAGAUGCAUGAAUUGGCCUCCGAUCCAAAUAUUAUGGAGGUUAUUUGAACAUUCAGUGUUUUUCUUUUCAAAACAUGUUUAAUGCACUCGAAUGGUGUUUUAUAUGCUUUUAUAUCGUCCUUCAAAGCACAGGGAGAGUGUUAUGUCAUAAGGAAUACUUGAGUGAGAGUUAUUUAGUUCACAUGUCACUGUGUAUAUGUGCAUUUUUAAAAUCCUGUGACGGCUUUGUUGUAUUUAGUGUGCACCUCGAUGUUGGUUGCCACCCGCCAAUAAACCCAACAAAGAAGUUUGUUAAUUUGUUUCCUCUACGUUGAAUGUUGUCGGGACUUCCUCCUGCUUUUUUAUUCUAAUUUCAUCCGUCUUUUUUUUUCUUUUAUCCAAAGUAACAUUUUCUUUUUGUGUUCAUGUUAAAUCGAUCACAUCUUAUUUUUUUUGAUUGUCUAGUUUCUUUAAAUCUGUCAGGAGACACGAACAGUGAGCUUGUAUCUUUGUUUUUUACACUUUUAUUUUUCAUUUUCAGUGUACGUAGAUGGUUAGAAUGAGUCGUUUAUGUUUUAUUUUUGAUCUGUUUCUUGGUUAGUGAAACUGUACGUUGGACGGUGUCGCUGAUUCUCUGAAGGACAAACGUAAAUGUAACAGUGUGUAACUGUGUGUGUGUGUGUGUGUGUGGUGUACUGGUUAUGCUGCUGCACUCCUGUAAUCAUCACUCAACACGCCCUUAGCUUUGUCAAUGAUUCCAAUGAAUUUAAAGGAGACCUAUUAUGCUCGUCAUGCUCUCAAACUGUGGACACCGGGAGACUUUAGCUUGGUUGUACUCGGUGGAGUGUUUUGAUUUCCCGGCAGCACCAAAAAAACGAACCUUAACUGUCAUUACAAACGCUGCCCGCUCCUCCUCCCUCCUCUCGGCCCAGCCUAGUGACCCGCGUUGUGAUGUAGACGCACCCUCCGUGUUUACUGUGGGAGAGAAGAGCCCCCUCUGCUGCGGACUGAGGGAUUUGGAGCCAUGCACGUCGUAUAUCACAAAAAAAACAAUGCAACCCACUAGAGGACCGGGAAAGACUGAAAAAGCAAAAUAGGCCUCCUUUAAACUGUCUUAUCAAAGAGACACAUACACUCUGACAAAUGACCAAUUUCAAUGUACAUUUGUUUUUUCAAUAAAAAAGUAUGAUUUAUUUCAUAAA